CGCUCACACAUCGAAAGCAUUGGUUAGGCGUACCCGUUGGACGAAACCUCUCUGACUCCAGUGCUACGAUCUUUGAAAAGCAAACCGCACUGAUCUUCGCAGCAAGCAAACACAGCUAACUUGUCGAAACGGCGCACCAACACCAUCAAUUUCCAACUUGCUUUGUAGCUCAACCCAGGCAUUGCUCGAAGGGAACCGAUCAUUGUUUGAUGUGUUUUUGAUCUGGGAUAAUUCGGUUAUGACGGAAAUCAAUGAUGCAUCCCGUCAAACAACAAUGAAAGGGACAGAGCCAUCGCCCUCUUCCGCAUCACUGUCUGAGUCGGAAAACACGGACCAAUCGCGGGGAGCUCCCACCACAGAGGUGUCGCAGCCGGGAAUCCCUCACCGAUUGCCGCCAGUCUCGGAUGCAGCCACACUUAACAACACGAACCAAACCAUGCCUUCGUUCGCGGAGACCCAGUCAUCUUCGAUGGAAAAACCCUUGGACAGCGGAUUGAACUCGGAAACUGCUGUUCCUCUCUCCGCCCCCGAAGCACUGGAACCAUCGUCGGGGUCUUCGUUCGCAAAACUCGCCUUUGAAAAGUUCGAAACCUACAUGAACGAGACCAGGGCAAAGCAGAUCGUUCCUCCCUUGCAAGAGGCGAUAUGCGGCUACGGAGAAGGCCUGGCUCGACUGGCGCAAUCGGCCCACCACCACCUGCAGCUCCCCCCCCUGGAACUCCACCAACAACCCCAGCCGCAUCCGAAUCCACGGCCACCGGGACAGUUCCUCGAACCAAUCGCUCUCCGGAGACACAUUCACUCCACGCCUCAGAUUCGCCACGCGCCAAUCUCUGCCUUGUCUGCGAUCCACGACGAGGACGAAUGUGACAGCGAAAGCGAUGAGGAAGAUCCGCCCCCGGCGGGCCUGGAGAUUCUGGACCUGACGCGAUCGAGAUCCACGCCGCUGACAACGUCCGAGAACAGCGCCUUUGGGACCAUCUUUCGCACGAACUCGCACAGGGUGCACGACGCAUCCUCCGUAGCCCAGGCCUCGGGGGGUCGCAGCAGUGCCUUCUCGCUGCGGCCCUAUGCCAUGAUGAAAGCGACCAGUCGCUCGCGUUCCAACGAGCGAACAGCUCGUCCCGUCAUUUUCAAUCCGAUUGUGCACGAAGACGAAAUUCUGAAGAUAGCGGAUGGCGAUGAUGCCCUGGGGGAGAUGACUUCGAUCGAGGUGACGAAUGUUCCCUAUCUCAGAGACGCCGACGAGGUGUCGAAACGAUCGACCAAGAAGAAAUCCCGAGCCGCCAGGUUCUUGACCGACGUUCGCAACCUGCGCAUCAGCAGUGGAAACGGGGGCAAACGCCAAGGGUCUGGUGGCAGGCGUCGUCCUCGGGAUGGUCGAGAAAAUCCUGCCAGACCGGCGUCGAUAUCAUCAGAUGAACAAUCUCGGUCUUCGUCGGUAGCGUCAUCGCCAACGGCAAGAACGAACCCCAGCAUCGACACGAAAGACUUGGUUAACCAUGGUGUUGUCUCAAGUUCUAUCGCAAUUCUGAAUCACACAAACGGCAAAGGGAGAGCCGCAUCAGUCGACGGAAACGCCGAAAAAUCUGGAUCCCCGAUCCCCUCUUCUAAGGAUCGAGUUUGCAUCCAAGUGAACGAAAACACGGAUUUUUGUAACCGAGCCGCGUACUCCAUGUCUAGCCCAGAACGCAUGACCCAAUCAUUUGUAUCGCCCUCCCAAGAUUCUCCGGAAUCGGGGAGAUUCCAUUCUAGUGUAUCAAAUGCUUCGGGUCGCGUGUCACAGGGAACAUCGACUUCGAACAGCAGCAACAGCCGAAGCAUGGGGUCACAACUGUCAGUAAUCUCGGAGACUGAUCGGGAGGUAGAAAACGUAAAUCUUUUGCAACGUGAUCGAAAACUCCAAGCGGUUGGCGAGCAGAUUGAACUAUCCUUGUCGUCCGAUCGAAGCAUUCGAUCCAGAGAUCUAAACUGCUCCCUUAGUACCACAACUCCUGAAAGUCGUGCCCGUGGAGAUGGAGCUAGUGUCCGGGCAGACCGUUUUUUCAAUAAUUCGAAAGAUUCCGGUAGGUUUCGCAAUCUGCCACCGUUUAUGAAGAGAAGUGGUGCUACAAAAUCUCCUACAACCGGUUCUAGUGGUGCGUCUGUAAAUACAAGUAGUUCUUCUGGCUCCGACGAACCACCCAAGAUUGUUUCAUACCAGUACAUGGAUCGAAAACAAGUUUCCGACUUGAGUUCCCUUCACCAUAGACCACUCUCACUCGAGACGUCGUCUCCGCGAGCUGACCACGACCAAGAAGUCCGGGAGGCGUCUCCUUCCGAACAGAUUUUAGCCCAGGUGUCUGAAAUUGUCUUUGAAGGUGCACAUGGAGCGAAAAUAGAUAUCUACGACAAGCACCGAUCCAAUUGGUCUGGGAAGGCCAUCCAUACUGGAUUUAGUCGCAAGAAUCGGUCUCUUCCACCGAGAAGCCCCGUCAACAAGGCAUUCACAUCCAUUACUCCUCCACCGCGAGGAGGUUCUCCGGCGCAUGGCGUUUCUCCGCCACGCCACAUCAUUGGUCAUCGCGUUGAGCCCAUGUCCACUAAUGUCUCAAAACCGUACGUCGUGGCCCCUGUAUCGUCUCAUUUGACCUCGGCACCUUCAACCGAGCUUCUCCAUGCUCCUCAUCAAGGGUCCCAACAGGUUGUGCGAUUGUCUCCAAACUGUGACUACUACAAUCUAAAACCCGCAGCGCGACGCCUCUCUCCUGUUUACGGGCAUCAAGUUGCCCGAACAUACGAAGAGAGUAGCAUUGAAAUUCUCAAGACCGACUCUAAGGAAGACAAUUCAAUCCCCCUUGUCACGCCGGACAAAGGGACUCCUUCUUCCUGAGAGGCUCUCCCACAAGAUGCGCACGACAUUUGUGUAAUAUUUGUUUCUUCUAAUUGCUGGGAUGUGUGAUCGACGCAUCUAUUCUCCCGAUUUUCAAGYAUCAUUUUCCAUGCCUCGUGUGUCUUCUCAGACAUCUUGAUGCCGUGCUAUUUACAACGCCGACAACGUGUUUUCAUUUUUUGAAUCGAGCAUCAUUAUCAAGAAACAGUGCUAACAAUAAUGAACCAAACUGUUUCUCAUCGAGUGAACUUCGUAAACCUGAAAUGUGUAGUUUGCUGCUUUUUUAACUUCUUGUACGUCUUGACCAACGCGACUGGUACAAAGCACAUGAAAGAGCGUACAGAAAGUCGAACAUAGGCCUAAUUACUCGUUGAUGUCAUUUUGACGCGAGUCGAGAAUGACAGACUGUAAGCUCAACGGCGACGCCGCUUCCAAAUUCGUCCCAGUAAAACAGAGAGAUGAAGAUAGCGUGUGCUCCUCUCGAGGACCUACGUACCAUCUUCAAUUUAUAUCGAUGAAAUAAUAUAUAAUAUCUCUUUUGUAUUAGAUCACGUACGUUUUGAAUUCGGCAAGACUGUUUUCUUGCGUUCAUACAACUCCUAUCAUCGUAUUAUAACGGAAUUUUCUACACAAUGAGAUCUCAAUAAUAUUAUGAUAGUUUAAUUUUUACGUCGUAUAACAGAGCUACAAACGAACAAAGAACAAAGAAUAAAGCAUCAAAGCCUCUGAAACCUCAAGUGGUCCAAUCAUUUCAACGGGUCAAUCUUCAUCAUAUGGUCAUUUUCAAAUGGCUUCUUUUGCAUGACUUCGUUGCGUUUGUUGCGUUCGUCGCAUGCAAACAUAAGUUGUUCGCACGCCAUUCAUGACGAUGAACUCGCCCUGCAUGCUGUUCUCACAAUCACAACGUCGGAAAAAUUUACGUCCAUUGAAAAACCAAGGUGCCACACCCACCGAGCAGAAAAAUGGCUUUGUCACUAUUUCCAUUCAUCUUCCAACCACGAUGUUUAACAAACGCAUUGUUCUCUCAGGAACCAAGCUGCGACACCGACCAAGAACAUUAUGACGACGGCUGGAGAAUCGCUCAUGUUACCCAUGAUGUCCAUAGGUUCGCCGUUCUCCUGACCAUUGUUGCCUCCAUUGCUUCCGUUUCGCCUCGUUCCAUCGAACGGUUGUUCCUUCGCAGCUUGACKGUCGUUGUUGCCGUUGUUGCGGUUUGGGUCGUUGGGGGGUAGACUAUCCAUACUUAUUUCUGAAGAUAAUACGACGCAGGAAAACAACGAUCAUCAAAGGUGAGAGCUCCAUGCAUAUAUAUCAUACAUAUUGUACAAGUUUGGAUUGGGARGUAGUGAAGAGGGGCUGAAGAAAACAUAACAAAUGGGAAAUCAUCGACGAAGGAAAAUACCACCAAAUAUUUUUUUUGUCACGUGUUGUUUUUACAGAUACAGCUUCAACGCUCUCUUUCGCAAAGAAGGAAUGCAGUGCUGUCAUGCCAACCAACAAACUAUAUCAGCAUUGAUGCAGAGAAUACAGAUCUCGAUCUUUCUCUUGUCUUAUUCUUACCUUCUUCCGGUGGAAUUGAUUAUUUCACGAACGAUAUGAAUGGCACACGCGGUAAGUUUCCAACAAACUUCAAAGAUUGGCUUGUCAGAGCGAAAGAUAAUGUUACAAAAGUACCAAUCGUACCGUAGGGGGGAGCGGAGUUGACGACAAAACACGAUUUUCAAGUACGUACAGUACGGGUACGAGUACUGUAGAUCAAACGGCACGAGGCGUAGAGAGCAGCAACAGAGGAAAGAAAGAAAGAAACGAAGAUGAUUUUCUUGGAAAAGAAUUUUGUUUGAUUUUCUACUUAUACUUAAGAAAGUACUUAUGGCCUUUUCUGUUUGAUUCUGUAAAGAUUGUUAAUUAAUUUMAAACAAAUUA